UUCCUGAGACCUACACAGCUGCCGCAGCAUUAUUGACCCUAGUGAGUUGCCGUAGUAGGUUGGAGGAAGCAUACAAUUUGCUGACAAGCUUGCCGAGCUUUCUUUAUAUGGUAAUUAUCCACGAUGACAGCUGCUGCCAACCUUCGCUCCAUCUUUGAUUUGAGCUUCAAUGAAGAAGUUUUGAAGCUGAAGGAGGUCAAUCCUGUCCUGAAGGAGACUGAACCAUCCACAGACCUCACAGGUGCGGAGGUUCAAGGUCCAGAUGAUGACAGGAAGAGAGAGGUUUCUGACAGAAUGGUUUGCUCAGCCUGCAAAUGUUCCUUUGUCAACAGAGAGGAACAGAGGGAGCAUUACAAGCUUGACUGGCAUCGGUUUAAUUUGAGACAAAAGAUUGCAGGUUCACCCCCGGUCACGGUGGAGGAGUUUGAGACGAAGACCAAAGCCGGAGACCUGUCAAGCAUCUCCGGCUCGGAGUCAGACUCAGAUGAAGAUGAAGGCGACAGCACAGGAGGUGGGGGUAACAUCAUUGGAACGGAGGACGAGUGUUCAGCCGAGUCUAUUUUAAUGAAUGGUCGGCUCUCCUGUAAGGUGCUGUUUCAGAACGAUGCAGGAGAAUAUCUGUCGGUCUAUCGCUGCGUGCUAAUGGGAAUGUCAGAUUCUGAUGAACAGGAUGCGGUUUCCUCUCUGAAGGCUAUAAAUCUGAAAACCGUCUGGGUCAUUCUUAUGACGGGUGGAGGACACUUUGCUGGAGCCGUCUUCGAAGGGAGGCAAGUUCUCCAACACAAGACCUUCCAUCGAUACACGGUGCGAGCAAAGAGAGGCACUGCCCAAGGGCUGCGGGAUUCCCAGAACCGGAGCCACAUGGCCAAAUCUGCCGGAGCUGCUUUGAGGCGAUACAACGAGGCCGCGCUCGUUAAGGACAUCCAGGAUCUGUUGCUAACUUGGGCCGAGCACCUGAACCGAGCCUCUGCCGUUUUCAUUCGAGCACCCAGCUACAACAAGACCAUCUUCUUCGAAGGCCGUGGGGGUCCACUGCAAAAAAAAGACCCCCGGAUCCGUUCGCUUCCCUUCGCCACGCGCAGGGCGACGUUUCGGGAAGUGCAGAGAGUGCAUGGCGUCCUCUCUACUGUUCAGGUUUAUGGGAAGGACGCAGACAUGUCUGCUGUUUUUAGUCCCUCCAAGAAGGGAUGGAAAAACACGACCAAAGCUGCAGCACAGAAAACUGCAGCUGAGGAGAAAGAUAAACUUCCGGCACCAGGGGAGGAAAACGAUGAAAGCUCAGAAGAAGAGGGAGAGGAGACCCAACUGGAGAUGGUUGAGGUCACAAUAGGAACUCUGGACCUGAGAGAGUCUGAAAUUUAUCCCUCCAGGCACAGGAAGAGGAGGAGGAAAAAGAAGGAGCAAAUCAAACUUCAUGAUCAAGAAACAGGAAGGAUGGAUGCAGGAGCAGGUGAGGAAGAAGAGGGGGAGCAUGGGACUACACCUGCAGGAGAGGAGGAGGUUCCUGAGCAAGAAUGUCCUGUAACAACAAGUAAGAAGAAACUGGAGAAUAAAGAUGAUGUUGAUGAGUCGGUGGAUUAUGGCCUCAGGGAUGCUCUGUUUACCGCAUGCAAAGUUGGAGAUGUUGGGACUGUUUGCAGUCUACUUCAGCUACCUCAGGAAAUGGUGAACCAUCCUGAAAGGAUGGAGAAUUUUCUCACGUCCCCUUUAAGCCUCCUAAAUAAACCGAUCGACUCAUCAGGAUUCACUUUACUGCACGUCGCAGCAGCAGCUGCACAGAAGGCUGUGGUCAGGCUGCUGCUUGAUGCAGGAGCAGAUCCUGCAUGCAGAGAUAACAAAUCCCGGACGCCGUAUAUUGUCGCCCCUGACAAAGACACAAGGAACGUCUUUCGUAAAUACAUGGGCGAGAACCCUGAUAGGCACGACUACAGCAAAGCACAGAUCCCUGGGCCACUAACAGCAGAGACUGAAUCCAAAAAGAUGGAGAAGAAAAAAGCCCAGAGAGCUCAGAGAAAACAGCGGGAGAAAGAGCAGAAGGAGGAAAAGCGAAAACAGGAGUUGGAGGCAGAAGAGAAGAAAAGAUUUGCAUCUCUGACAGAUCGGGAAAAGAGAGCUCUAGCAGCAGAGAAAAGGCUGGCAGAACAAGCAGCUGCAUCAGGAGUCAGCCUGUCUAAUGUCCAGAGGUGCUGGUCUUGUGGAGAAUCUCUGCUCGGAAAGAUCCCAUUUACCUACCUGGAUUAUUCAUUCUGCACUCCACGAUGCGUUCAAGCACAUCGAAAAGCAAAUGCUCCUCCAAGCAAGUCCUAGCAAACAUUGGAAAGAUGAAUCUAGAAGGUUGAAACCUAAAAGCACAAGACUCUUUGGCUUGUUGAAUAUAAAUGUUCAUCUUUUUAAUUAAAAAUUGUAAAUUGUUUAACACUAAUCCAUGUUUACAACUGUAUAUUAUAUAUUUACACAAUGUAAAGUUACAAAUAAUGGUGGGAAACUGGAAUACAGAUGAUUAUAAAAGCUGAAGAUCGCCUGCUUUGAUUACAAGUUCAAAGUAAAAGAAAAAAAAA